UGUCUGUCUGUCUGUCAGUCUGUCAUUAAACUAUCUGUCUGUCUGUCUGUGUCUAUCUUUCUAUCUGUCUGUCAGUCUGUCAUUAAACUAUCUUUCUAUCUGUCUGUCUGUCUGUCUGUCUGUCAGUCUGUCAUUAAACUAUCUGUCUGUCUGUCUGUCUGUGUCUAUCUUUCUAUCUGUCUGUCUGUCUGUCUGUCAUUAAACUAUCUGUCUGUCUGUCUGUGUCUAUCUUUCUAUCUGUCUGUCAGUCUGUCAUUAAACUAUCUAUCUGUCUGUCUGUCUGUCAGUCUGUCAUUAAACUAUCUGUCUGUCUGUCUGUCUGUCAUUAAACUAUCUGUCUGUCUUUCUAUCUGUCUGUCAGUCUGUCAUUAAACUAUCUGUCUGUCUGUCUGUCUGUCUGUCAGUCUGUCAUUAAACUAUCUGUCUGUCUGUCUGUGUCUAUCUUUCUAUCUGUCUGUCAGUCUGUCAUUAAACUAUCUAUCUGUCUGUCUGUCUGUCAGUCUGUCAUUAAACUAUCUGUCUGUCUGUCUGUCAUUAAACUAUCUGUCUGUCUGUCUGUCUGUGUCUAUCUUUCUAUCUGUCUGUCUGUCUGUCAGUCUGUUAUUAAACUAUCUGUCUGUCUGUCUGUCUGUGUCUAUCUUUCUAUCUGUCUGUCAGUCUGUCAUUAAACUAUCUAUCUAUCUGUCUGUCUGUGUCUAUCUUUCUAUCUGUCUGUCUGUCUGUCUGUCUGUCAGUCUGUCAUUAAACUAUCUGUCUGUCUGUCUGUCUGUCUGUGUCUAUCUUUCUAUCUGUCUGUCAGUCUGUCAUUAAACUAUCUUUCUAUCUGUCUGUCUGUCCGUCCAUCAUAUCUAUCUAUCUGUCAGUCUAUCUAUCAUAUCUGUGUCUGUCUCUCUCUCUCUCUGUCUGUCUAUCUAGCUGUCUAUCUAUCUAUCUAUCUAUCUAUCUGUCUCUCUCUCUCUCUCUGUCUGUCUAUCUAUCUAUCUAUCCAUUUUUCUGUCUGUCUAUCCAUUUGUCUGUCUAUCUGUCUGGCUAUCUGUCUGUCUGUCUAUCUGUCUAUCUAUCUGUCUGGCUGUCUAUCCAUUUGUCUGUCUAUCCAUUUGUCUGUCUGUCUGUCUAUCUGUCUGUCUUUUUGUCUAUCUAUCUGUCUGUCUGUCUAUCCAUUUGUCUGUCUAUCUGUCUGUCUAUCUAGCUAUCUAUCUGUCUGUCUGUCUAUCCAUCUGUUUGUCUGUCUGUCUAUCUGUCUGUCUGUCUGUCUGUCUGAAGGUGUUAGAGAAAACACAUUUAUGACUUUUAACUCAAAACAUUAUAGUUCCUAAGCCUUUGGGUGGCGCUCUAUCCAUCUCCCAGCUGAAGGAAAGAGGAGGAUCACUGGACGUCUUCAAGGACAGCGAUUGGUUUGCCAGGCGCAUAUAAAAACACAGAACAUACCCAAAAAGUGAGAGGGCUGGAAAUUCGAGCAGUUGAUGUAUUGCCCUGCAGGAGAGAGAGAUCAGCACACGGACACAAGGCACAGGGAAUCCGCACCCUUUCCACAGAGUGAUUAUAGAAAUCUGCGCGUUUGCGCGUCUUUUCCAUCGUGCGCCUCCGCGGACUUGCGCGUAAAGACAAUCAAUGAAGGAGGGAAGAUCUGUCCAGAAACUCUCCCUGCAGCCCGGUAUGGAUCCGAGUCAGAGCGUCAAAUGUAAGAUAGUGGUAGUUGGAGACAGUCAAUGUGGGAAAACCGCUCUGCUACACGUUUUUGCCAAGGACUGUUUCCCGGAGAAUUAUGUGCCGACUGUGUUUGAGAAUUACACAGCAAGUUUUGAGAUUGACAAGCAGAGAAUAGAGCUCAGCUUGUGGGACACUUCUGGUUCCCCAUAUUAUGACAACGUCAGACCUCUCUCGUACCCGGACUCAGAUGCCGUCAUCAUAUGCUUUGACAUCAGCCGACCAGAAACCCUGGAUAGUGUCUUAAAGAAGUGGAAAGGAGAGAUCCAGGAAUUUUGUCCCAACACAAAGAUGCUGCUUGUCGGAUGCAAGUCGGACCUCAGAACGGACCUCACAACUUUAGUGGAACUGUCCAAUCACAGACAGACGCCUGUGUCAUAUGAUCAGGGUUCAGCUAUGGCUAAGCAGAUAUCAGCGCCUUAUAUCGAAUGUUCUGCAGUACAGUCUGAGAACAGCGUGCGGGACAUUUUCCAUGUUGCAACGUUGGCUUGCGUGAAUAAGAACAACAAAAACAUCAAGCACAACAAAUCGGCACGCUCCACCAAACGCAUCUCGCAUAUGCCGAGUCGGCCAGACCUGGCUGCCGUGGCAACAGACCUACGCAAAGACAAAGCAAAGAGCUGCACGGUCAUGUAACGCAAACUGUCGGGGGGGAAAAGAUGCAUUCUGGGAAUAGGCAAGGGUGGACUGUGGAAGUAAGAGAGGCCUGGAAUUGCCUCAAAGUGCAAAACAAAAGUUGAGGGAUCUGGACGUCAACCCGUAGUAUGGCCCCACACACCCCUCCUAAACUUAGCCACUCAGCAGGAGGAUGUCUCCACCCUCUUGGCCAAUUGGUGGCCUUUCUUCCGACUCCUGGAAGUCCUUCCUCUCUGGAGGGUUGCAUCAGGAAGCAAAGCUGCCUGCAGGAAAUGGAGGAAGUGGAGUCACAUAACCACUGAGUCCAGAGUUCCACUGAGCUUCAGUUCACUGCUAUUUUUAAAACAGUCCAAAAAAGAAGAUGCAUGUAUUUGCCGGUUUUGAUUGUCGUACAGACCAGAACGACAGAACUGUGAAGGGGAAGAUUUCUUUCAAAAUGGCGAAAUUUGGAUAAUGGAAACUCUCACUUCUCUCUUUGUAGAGUUUGUUUGACUAAAUGAGGAAAUGGAAGAGAGUAUUACUGUGGUUACGGAUCACUUCCUCCUUCUAUCCUCCUCGGUUAUGGUCUUUUGUUCCUUCUGUAGAGCGAGAGCAUGAGUUUGUGUGUGCUUGGUUUUCUUUUUCUUAUGCUAAGCUCAGAUAAAGGUGUCACCAUGGAUAAAACAUAUUUGGUCCAUGGUAUAUUUGAACUCGCACUGUUUUCGCAGAACUUCUCAUAAUCACAUUACACUUCAUUAGGAUUUAGAAACUGAAAAACCAAAGAGCUGUAAGGUUUUCAAGUCCGAUGACUCGACUCAACGUUCGACAUUCUGGAGUGCAUGAUGGAUGUGUAUUAGAGGGCUUGUGGUGGAUCAAAAUUUAUUUUACGGUUCUGUAAGCUCACGGUUCCGCAUGUCUGUGCAGAUUGGGUAAAUGGAAGUGCAAAUAUGACCUUUGAGAUUUCAAUUGAUCGUUGUCUGGCAAUCGAUAGUGUCUGGCAUUUGUUUAUUCCAUGAAGUGGCAUUAACACUGAAAAGUUGGGGGACAAAUAAUGAAACUUGACAGUUUGUAUUAUGAAUACUUAUUAUGUUAACUGCCGCUUGCAUAUUGUGUGUUACCGACUCAAUAGUUUGGCUUUUUAGUCGUAAAAUUGUUGUGGCGAGCUACAAUUUUUUAGUUUGCACUCUUAAAAUUAUAUUCUUAAAAUAUAAUGUUCAUUUUCUAAAAUGAGGGGUAUGAACUUAGUAUUUCGUAAAAGUCGAGAAAAUCAAUGUCAGCUCCCCACCCCGUUGCCACGCCUUUGCUGACAGCAAUUUGCAACAAUGGAGCGAUUGAAGGUCAUUCAUUUCCAAUGAUAGAUGCCGAUUUGAGGCAUCAUAUGCAGAGUUCAAUUAAGCGGUGUUAAUGCAAAUGUGUAGUUAAGCCCGAUCUAAGUAGGAACGCCUAUUGGAAAGUAACAGUACAACGAGUAGGCCACCUCCAGUUAUUUAUUUGCUUUCAGUGUGAAUGCCCCAUAGGAAUAAUGACACUACUGCAGUAACUAACGAUUGUUGAACACUAUGACCAUAGCACAAAAGUAGCUUUUCAUCGUGAACUGUAGUUAUCGUAAAGCGUAAUGUGAACAUUUGUGCCUUUUCCAACAUCUGUGAAGUUGUUUUGUUUAAGCGCAAUUGUUAAAAUGAUGAUAUCAGACUCAAGGUCAGAUUAGAUUUGUGCUUUUCUCUGCCUAGUCUAACAAAAGCUAAAUGGGCUUUUGAGGAAGUGUACAACAGAAUCGUUUUUUUUUUUUUUUAUUGUCUUCUCUUUACUAUGCAGUAAGUUCCCCAUCUGUUCCCGAACAAAUGCAGAGAGGACUGCGAAAACAUAAAAACGUGUUACUCAAAAUAUCGUCUCCCACAGCAUGGGAGAAUAUGCGUUCCACCUUUGUUCGUUGUAGCUAACAAAAUUGACAUAAGUAUGACGCUAGCCACAGAGUCAUUCGCUGCAUGUGUAUAGUUGCACUUUUAGUUUGAACAAACUAAACAAACAAAAAGCCUUUUUACUUUUGCAUUUUUUUUUUUUUAAAUGGCUCAUAGAGAAUUUUCUUGACUGUUUCAAAAACUUGUUUUCACGUAGGCAGUAUUAUACAAUUUUCAUGUGUAAAUGUUGAGAAAUGUGUAUGUGCUGUUAAAAAAACGUUUCCUAAUGUAGGAUGUCUGUAAUUUUCUUAAUGCUUUCUGUGUGUUGAGGUCCAUUUAUGUCUGUUUUUGUUGAUGUUGACAUAAUAUUUAUUGAAUUAUAUAUUUUUCCCUUAAAAAUAAAUCCACAAUAAAUGAA